UAUGGUCUGCAGUUACCAUUAUGUAUUAUGUAUCCAUCCAUUCAAUCCCGCAUCCAGAGAUGACUGCCAGAUGUUUUCUCCUUUGCAAACAUCUGGUGACACCACUAGAUGGCAAUGUCAACAUGCAGAUCCGAUGUGAGUGAGCUGAGAGGAGGAAUGCUUUCAGACGUAAAGCCAGACUGCUUCACCAGAACAAAACUGGAGGAUACACUCUGCGCGCUUUAGUUCAAUCGGGCUAGACUGACCCAGACCUGGUUCACUGACUUUUGACGCUCAACAAUGCGGACGACGCCACAAAAGUUAGAAAAGUUUUCUUUGCGCACGAGGCUGGCGGUCAGAGGACUCAGGAGAGACUGCAGCUGUGCGCCCAUGGAUCAGGCUACAUGUGUUGGUUUCUCUGCAUCCCUGUGGAAAGUCAUUUGAAGACUGAAGAGGAGACGUGAACAAGCUCGCUGCAGUGCCAAAGGAGACCAUUUAAUCUUUCCAUACUGGAUUUAACCCGCAGUUCUGACGGUUUACAUCUGGAAUCUAUAUAGUACUAUAUAAUUUGUGUGACCAUUUUACCUUCAAUAGUAUAAGUGAGUGUUUUGUACAAGUAGAGGAUAAUCAGCGACACAGCGGAGGCGUUUUUGGAGACUUGGAUCUGAAUUACGCACGGGAUUCCUCUAACAAAUGACAGCUUCUAAGUGGUUCCUUGCCCUCUCACUUCACCCCCUUAGCUCCCUUUAUCGCACUCUUUCACCGUAUCAUCCUUCUCAGGAGUGAAAGCCUUUCUGUCUCUCUCAGUGCGCCAGCGUGCGGCCGCGGGCCACCUGGCUGAGGAUGUGGGGAGGAGGUUUCCCUAUGUCCGUCACCGUGAUUGUGACUCUACUCCUGGUCAUUAUCGACGUGAAAGCUAGCGGGGAGUAUUGUCACGGCUGGCACGACUCCCAGGGCGCCUGGAGAGAGGGGUUCCAGUGCCCGGAGAAGAUCGAUGCAGAGGACGCUAUCAUCUGCUGUGGGAAGUGCGAGCUGCGCUACUGCUGCUCCAGCACGGAAGCACGGCUGGACCAAGGGAGCUGCGACAACGACCGGCAGGCUCAGGAGCCUGGGACAGAGAACAAGGGGAACAAGGACACCGGUGCAGUGCCCAUCUAUGUGCCAUUUCUGAUUGUGGGCUCGGUGUUUGUGGCUUUCAUCGUGGUGGGUUCUGUGGUUGCUGUGUGCUGCUGCCGCUGCCUCCGACCCAAGCAGGAGCUGUCAUCAGCAGGAGCAUCAGGGGGUGGUGCCAGUGGCGGGCGCCUCCUGGAAACCAUUCCUAUGAUGUCCAGUGCGGGCACCUCCAGAGGCUCAUCCUCCCGCCAGUCCAGCACAGCCACGUCCUCCAGCUCCUCUGCCCCGCCUGCUGCCUCCCGCCCUGCACCUCCUGCUCUCAUGCGGGCACAGGCCUCGUGCUGCCUGCCCCCUGACGCCAGCGUCUUCGUCAACAUGCCCACCAACUUCUCUGUACUCAACUGCCAGCAGGCCACCCAAAUCAUGCCUCAUCAGGGACAGUUCCUACACCCACAAUACAUUGGCUAUGCCCACCCCGUGGGCCCUGCCGCAGCCUUCCUGGACCCCACUCAAGGAGGAUACAGGCCCCUGCAGUCCCCCUGUCCUCCUCCCACCGGUGGGUCCAGUGUCACCAGUGAUCAGAAAUACCCUCCAGUGACUGUGUGAUGAGGGGCCAACCUGCAGACCACUGUGCCACUUUGUUGUGAAGACUAACUUGUGAAGUUUAACCUGUGCAGGCUGCGCCUGAGACCUUUAGAGGACAUUGCCAGUGUGGAAAAAGAAAGCCAAUAGUCAGACUCACAUGAACAACUCAUAAAGCCGUUGCUGGCAGCAGGGCCUGCUCUGCUAUUGUGGGUGGUGUGUGUCUGUUUAGUGUGUCAUAUGAUCUCCUGGCAAGUUAGAAUGAGCUAAGCUCAGCCUACGAUGGGAUAAGAUGGAUGCAUAAACAACUGCAUAAUGGUGGGUUACAUAGCCCAGAUGGGUAAUAAUGUACAGCUCAGUGCAGCCUGCAGCUCAAAUAAAGACUGUGCAUGUGUUUGUGUUUGCAUGUAUGUGUAUGUGAGAGAGAGAAAAAAGAUUUGUAGGUUUAUGUGUGCUGGAAUGAGUGAUGACUGGGUGAUUUAUAGCAGUGAACUGUAUGUAAAGUGGAUAUUCAAGCAAAAAAGAAUUAUGACCACAUGCUGUGUUUAUGCCAUGUGCACAUCUGCACUUGUGAAUGAUUGUGAAUGGUAUACAAUACAGAUAUGCUUGUUUGCGUUUGAAGUAUGGGGAAACGGAGCAUGUGAAAAGAUGUUUGUACUGUAUGUGUGUGAAGUGUGGAGGGAUGUGGUCGUAUGAGUAACUGUGAGUUAACUGUGUGUAAUGGGAAAUGCAGGUGGUGUGAUGUGAAAGGCAGUUGCAAUUUCCCUGUAGACCAUUUAAACUCUAAUGAAGUGAACAUAGGACACAGACUGUGACACUCCACCCUGCUUUAUAACCCCCCUCCCACCACGCAA